AUGGAGAGAGACGGAACGAAGGAAACCCGGCGCACCCGCAAGAGUACACCUCUUGGAAUGGAAUCUUUCUACGUCUCCUUAUCGACACGCGGGGCUCUGGAGCGUGUCUUCGGUUUCGACUCGAUCCUGUGGACGACCGAGGAUGAUGAUACGAUGCAUCAGAAAUUCGUGGCAUGCCGCUCUCUCGGAGAGGAGAUCAAACAAAAGUUGGCCAAUCAGUCCUCGCCCAUCACUCCAUGCAAAUGCCAGUGCUUCGCUCAGAGAGAACGGCACGGAGCCGGGGAGAGAAGCGAGGACAACCAAUGUCAAAGUAGUGGAGAUCCUGGGCUGGAUUACUUACAGAAACGCCUGAGCCAAACUCACGAUACCAAAAACAUGAAUACCAUGUUGAAACUAUUUCGAACCCUGUUGGACCAAAUGCAAGUAAACCAGAGCCUCGAGUUAUUCCAGCCGGCCACCCACGACCGGAUACCAGACGCCAUCCGGUCCCUGCUGGCCACGCGCUACAAGGCCGCCACCGUCGGGAAGCUCUGCGACGCCCUCGAGGCCUUCCGGGAGGCAGUCGCGGCGAGCCUGGCCCUGCAGCAAGAGAUCCCGACCGCCGCUCUCGAGACGCUCCGGGCGCAGAUCAAACACUGCCGGAAAAUCAGCAGGAAAGGUGGGAACCGCCACGCCUACAUAUGCCCCCUCUGCGGCCUGGCCAUCCCAAACGGCAGGCUCUUCGACCACUGCAAAUCCAAGAAGCAGCAGCUGACCCACCCUCAUCGCUCCAACCUGAUCAUCAUGCAGUUCACCCAGAAAGCGCUGGGACGCCUCCACAAGACCCCGUGGACCAAGGACGAGAUGAAACGGAGGAAGCGGGAGUGGCCGUGCAAGGUGUGCGGCAAGGAAACGAAGGACGUCAAGAAGCACAUCGUCAAGAACCACGAAGACGACCGAAGGAAGGCGGCUGAAUUGGCAGCAUUGUCCAUCGUGGAACAUCUUCAAAAGUUGGCCAAUCAGUCCUCGCCCAUCACUCCAUGCAAAUGCCAGUGCUUCGCUCAGAGAGAACGGCACGGAGCCGGGGAGAGAAGCGAGGAGGACAAGCAAUGUCAAAGUAGUGGAGAUCCUGGGCUGGAUUAUUUACAGAAACGCCUGAGCCAAACUCACGAUACCAAAAACAUGAAUACCAUGUUGAAACUAUUUCGAACCCUGUUGGACCAAAUGCAAGUAAACCAGAGCCUCGAGUUAUUCCAGCCGGCCACCCACGACCGGAUACCAGACGCCAUCCGGUCCCUGCUGGCCACGCGCUACAAGGCCGCCACCGUCGGGAAGCUCUGCGACGCCCUCGAGGCCUUCCGGGAGGCAGUCGCGGCGAGCCUGGCCCUGCAGCAAGAGAUCCCGACCGCCGCUCUCGAGACGCUCCGGGCGCAGAUCAAACACUGCCGGAAAAUCAGCAGGAAAGUUGCCAAGACGCAGAGAAGCGUUUUGUGGACCGAACAGACGAAAAAUCUGCCCAUCAUCCGCGAGGAAACGCGAAAGCUCCUCUCCGACAAGCGCAUCAAAGACGACGUCACGAAAAUCACAGGAAUGGAAACCCCCAGCAGGCCCGACGCCCUCCGUCUGAGGCGGAUCCUCACGUCCCUGAUGGUGAUCACAAACGGCCAUCGAAGCGGGGUCAUCGAGAACAUGCGCCUCAAAGAAUACCGGGAGAUGGAACAGUGGGAUCACGAAUUCUCAGUCAUCCGUGUGUUGAACCACAAAAAGGUUUCCGACGGUCCCGCCAACGUCUUCAUGGGGAACGAGAUGAGAGCGGCCGUGGAGUUUUACGUGAGGACCUGCCGUCCCCUUUUCUCGGACGACGUGCGCAAGCACAACAUCGCGCUCACCGAGCGCGACGCAUCCCGGUUUACGAACAAGACUCAUUCCGACCGACAUAGGGACAGUGAGCAACGAGGUGACAGUGAGCAACGAGGUGGGAUGGGGGGCCAUCAGUUCAGAGACUGCAUGCACCGUGAGCACGGCGGCCUCCAAGCUCUCAUGGGGAUCAUGGCGUGCACUGAAGAAGACAUCCGGGAGUUCGCCUACGUGGACAUGGGCCAAUUUCCACAUGACUUCGGCAGUAAGAUUGGAAUCAUUAUUCCACUUGAGAAGGAACAUAAGUAG